AUGUGUCUUUUAACUUGCAUUAACUUGCAAAUUUUCAAAUGGUUCAAGUUGACGGUCACUGGAGCAUCUGGUCAGCCUGGUCGGACUGCCAGCCUCGAUGCCAGUCUGUCUCGAUGCGUACUCGUAGGCGAACUUGCUCAUAUCCACAUCCCCAGUUCGGAGGCAGGAUAUGCCCUGGCCAUACAAUUGAAAGGCGUCUAUGCACGGAGGAUGAGAUUAACUGCAGUGGUGAGUCCACUCGAAAUGGAACAAUAUUAA